AUGGCUCCCUCAUUGGAAGAGCCCGAGUCUGUCCAGGACGUCCUCGACAACCCGCUCAAGGCGCGCCCGCAGCUCGUCGCCCCCGAACCCGAGCACUGUCCAGGUCCCGAAUCCGAGAGGGCAGGCAAGGCCGACUCGUGCGCCGGAUGUCCCAACCAGGCGAUAUGCGCGUCGGCGCCAAAGGGCCCCGACCCAGACAUACCGCUCAUUUCGCAGCGCCUAGCCGGUGUGCGGCACAAGAUCCUCGUGCUGUCCGGCAAGGGGGGCGUGGGCAAGAGCACCUUCACGAGCCUGCUAGCCCAUGCUUUCGCUACCAACGAUGACAUGACCAUCGGCAUCAUGGACACCGACAUCUGCGGCCCGAGCAUACCUAAGAUGAUGGGUGUCGAGGAGGAGACGAUACACAUCAGCAACACUGGCUGGUCGCCCGUUUGGGUCACCGACAACCUGGGCGUUAUGAGUAUACAAUUUAUGCUACCGAACCGCGACGAUGCCAUUAUAUGGCGUGGCCCGAAAAAGAAUGGGCUCAUCAAACAGUUCUUAAAAGAGGUGGAGUGGGGUGACAUGGACUUCUUGCUAGUCGACACGCCACCGGGCACGAGCGACGAGCAUCUCAGCGUCAACAGUUUCCUCAAAGAGAGCGGCAUUGACGGCGCCGUCAUGUUGACGACGCCGCAGGAGGUGGCACUGCUAGAUGUACGGAAAGAGAUUGAUUUUUGCCGAAAGGCAGGCAUACGGGUGCUAGGCCUGGUGGAGAAUAUGAGCGGGUUCGUGUGCCCGAAAUGCACGCACGAGAGUCAGAUCUUCAAGGCCACCACGGGGGGAGGCGCAGCGCUGGCGAAGGAGAUGGGCAUCCCAUUUCUAGGCGAGGUGCCGCUCGACCCGAGGAUAGGGAUGGCGUGCGACUACGGGGAGAGCUUCUUCCAGUCCUACCCCGACAGCCCGGCGUGCAAAGCGCUGAAGGCCGUCGUAAGAGGUGUUGCGCGCGAGAUCGGCCUCGACGCGGGGCAAGUGCUGCCCGAUGACUGA